UUGAUUGAUUGUUCAUAGUUCCUACUUUUGACAGUCUACUUUCACUUUUCAAUCCGGAAGUUGCUGGUAGACAACAACAGUUGGUACCAGAUCCGGAGUAUGAACUUCCUGUCUGCUUAGAAAAACAACAUGCAGACCGGGGAGGACAGAGGGAAAACUCAUCCAAGAUCAAAGUCAGCAGAGCUGAAAGACCUGAUUGACAAAGAAGAGUUUAACCUACGUAAGCGUCUGCCACGUAAAUUACCAAAACGCAAGAAUGAUGUUUACGUUAGUAGGAAGACCAACUUCAAAGGACAGCUUGAAAGAUGUAAAAAGAUACUGGACAUGGAAAAUGAAGUUUUUAUUCAUGGUUUAGGAGCCGCAAUAACUAGAGCUUCAAAUCUAGCUUUAACCCUAGAGUCAUCAGGCCGAGGCACUGUAGCUACAGCUGUGCAUACAUCAACUGUUGAACUGGUGGAUGAUCUUGAGCCCGACAAGGAGGAUCACGAACCAGAGACAUUUUCACGAAACAAUUCUGCGAUUCAUAUAAAAGUGUACAAAGUCCAAAGUGCUCUGUUAGUGACUUCUGGUGACGAUCCUUCUCACUCAUGAUUGUUAGGAAUCUAUAUUAAUGUGUGUCAUAUAUCACUAAAGUUUUACUCUGAUGUGUCACAGGCUCAGUAAUGUGAGACCCACAAAUCAUCAAUAAAACAUUCUAAUGUCAGGGCGCUGAUGCAUUGUGAUCAACCCAAUAAAAUAUUAUAAUAUCAUUAUGAUCUGACUUCAAAUAAAUUUCUCAUCAUUGUAUUGAGAUUUAAUUCAGGAUCUGCUUCAAUGCUUCAAUAAAACAAUCUGAUGUCUUUAUGAUCUGACAUCAAAAAAAUAUUCUGAUGUCAUUGUAAUCUGACAUAAAUAAAUUGCUUGUCAUUGUAUUGAGA